AUGUCUUCGGAUUUCGCGGUUCUCGAGAUCCCCGCCCUCAUCAAGGUAACAUGGGACCUAUACAACCAAUGCCAGAUCGUCGCGAAGGGCGCACCCGAAGGAUUCCAAAAGCUAGUAACUGAGCUGGGUUCGUUACAAGGCGCUUUGCGCACCUUUGGCGACGAGGUGAGCUCCAACGAAUCCUUCUUCGAGAAGAUGGAUGAGGAUCGCAAACAGACCUUCGAACGAUCCCUCGGUACUUGUCUCGUGACCCUACAACGAUUGAAAGAGCUCAUUGCCCUAUUCAAAGGUGAACAUGGUGAUGGGAAAGGUUUAUGGCAAAAGAUCAAAUGGGCGACACAAAGGACUCAGAUUGAGGAUAUCAGAUCCAAGAUCAUGGUGCACACCUGCAAUCUGAGCCUAUGUAUAAGCUCUAUAGGGAAUGCCUCGCUUGCUCGUAUAGAGAAAACAAUGGUUCUGGCGAUGGAAGAUGAUGAACAGAUUGCUCUUAGCACAGAGGCAUCGCCUGUUCGGGAUACAGACUCGGUUGUCUCGCCGAUGAGCCCGGGUCCGGGCGUGGUGGAGCUACCAGCUAAAAAUGAAGAAUAUUGCGAAGUUGAUAUCAUCGAGGAAGUUCGGGCCAGGAUGUCAGAGCUGGCUAAUAACAGAAACUCAGUGGGGAGUACCAGCAAGGUCGCACAUACAUCCACGUCCUCCGAUUCGGCAAUAACUCAAUCCGAUGAUUCGUUCCUCGACGGUACCUCACCAACUUCAUGGUUGUCCUUGAACAGGCCAUCAUUCCUACCUACUAAGGACCGAAUAAAUGAUACCCGAAUGCGCAGUGAACAGCUUCUCUUCGGCGGCUCGAUCGACGGUCGGGCACUUGAUGGUGGAAUAUGGGCGAACGACCCCGAUAUGUCAGAGAAACAAGUUGUACAUCACAGUAGAUCCUACUCUGAUACCGCCUAUCGUCAUCCUCAUGUUAUCGAGGCCGUGACAUCUGCCAUGCAACAUCUUCGUGAUGUUCGACACCAAGAGCAUAUCUCUAGGCCAAUACGUUUUGAACCGCAGAACCAACUACAUAGACCAACUGCGGAAGCAUUGAAAGUAUUCGAGGCAUCAGUGAAUGACGGACUGCAGAUCACGAGGCUGAUCACAAGGGAUUGGCUUCGUGUGGCGACUUGGUGGUUGCUGAAAGCACGCGCGACUUUAGCAAACUGUAACAGACAUAACUAUGUCAGUGCCCGUGGCAGUCUGAGUCCCUCUACGGAAUCGAAAUCAACUAGUCACCAAGCUUAUCUUGACCUCCUCAAGGCCUCAUACAUUCUGUACGAUAUCGUUCUGGAGGAGGAGGCCCCUUCCCUUUUGGUUGACGAGGAUCGCAAGUCAAUUGCCGAGCUUUCUGAAGGCAUCAACGAGGAGCUUUCCCAAUAUACUUCUAUCGAUAUCCCCGAACCGUCGACCCUACACACCCAAAACCUUGCCAUUUGGGAGCCCAUGCAGCCGGAGGAAACUUGGGAUGGUGGCAUUGAUCUAGAUCUUGGCUUGGAUAAUUUGCGCUGGAUUGCCGUCGAUCUAGAGGAUGCAGGCAGCGAACAGGAAAAGGUCCUCUUCCGAAUCUUUGUCAACGCCGGCAUCGGGGGCAAAAAGUCUCGCAUGCGCACCAAGGGCGCUCCCUACAUGCUUUUGCUGGCGACACGGGAAGGUGAAAGCGAACCAAAAAUUGUUCUCUGCAAUCAAAGUGGCACUCUGUGUCUUGAACGAGACCUCGUACUGGAUGAUUUACCGCCCCUUAUUCAAUUAGCGAAUGCCGCUUUAACUGGCUUCCCCGGCGCCCGAAUCUCAGAACCGGUGCCAAUCAAAUUUGAAGAUAUGAGCGUUUCGAUAUCCUUUCAGUUUGAUGGAGAUCUUGCACAAUUUAUCAAUAUUCCGAAGGCUUACUUUGAAGCUGUAUGGCAAAGAGAACCAGUCGAUGCAACCGAAUUCACUGAGAGCGUUAUCUUCAAGUGCUCGGUGGAUAUGUUCGAGCAGCUGAAUACGCCGACCAUGAAAUCAAUGAAUCCACCUAUCGUGGUAAAAUCCUGCGAGGUGCGUAUUUUGGAACGGUCCUUUGGGGAAGCCUGGCGAUCAAUCCGACGCAUAGUGAUCACUUCCUCUGCUGCUGAAAAAUCCCCACGAACUAUGGAACUUUUUAUGCCUCUCAGUGGAGUUCAGAUCAACCGAGGAGAUAUGUCCCGCCAGAUGCUCUUACAGUGGUCCGACACCUGCCAGGCGCGAUCUGACAAGACCGACGGCAAUUACAACACCUUGCACUCGUACGUGUACGAUGACACGGCGCCAAAUAUUGGCGUGGGUAUACAAUUCGGUUCACAUGAAGACGCAGAGAAUUUUGAAAAAGCCGUCCUAGAAAUGAACCUCCGUCCGGAGUUUUCCUGGUUGCAACCCAGUGGUUCAGGUCUCAUUUACAAUGUGAUUGAUGCGGGCACUGAGCACAAGCAAUACAAAGCCGUACUUGUAUUCCGAACUCGUACAUCAUGGCGAUAUUCAGACCUGUACUAUAUUUACCGCGACACCGACUAUACAUACGACUACUCCUCAUUCAGCAUCCAUUUCCCCUACAUCUACUGCACAGAUUACAUCUCAACUCACGUUGAUCAGCUCUAUCAUCCGGAGAGCGCUGUCACAUUCUCCCAUUGUGACAAGAAGACCAGCAAAACAACUGUCAAGUUUAGCAAUGAUCUUGAAGCCCGCUCAUUUCUUAGCUCCCUUUCCCCUCUGUACGAACUCCUCUACUGUCGGCGCAUCCACUCCUUAUCGACGAAAAGCAAUCCGCUGCUUUUUGGGUUCCAAAUAUCCGGAAAGGGCAGCGCCGAUGUCCAACUAUGGCGUCGGGGAACGGCUUUUCAACUUGCCGCGCGGUGGGACGACUCCGUGCCGGACAAGUGGCUUACUAUGGCUGUUCCGUCGAAGUUCAUCGAUUCCUCAAAAGAGAAUACCCAGGUCUCCCUCCCGCGUCUUCCGUACCUGCGUGGCAUGACACUUGACAUGAUGAAUGUUAUGGCUCGAAGUCCUAAGAACUCUAAUUCCAAAAACAAAGAGGGUGCCAUGUCAAUUUCUUUUCAAACAAGUAAAGACCGAGAUGAGUUCCUGGCUGUGUUACAAGGACAACAGUUGCCGAAGUUCCUAUAA